AUGAGCCCUGAGCUAGCUGAGCUUCUGGCGCGGUGGCGAGCCGCGGCUGAUGUCCUUCAAAACGCCUCCAUCAACACGCUAUCACAGCCAGACGACAACGGCGCCCACGACAAUGCCAUAGAAGAAUCUGCCCUGGCGCUCGAACAGCUCUUGAAGCAACAGGCGGGAAUUCUGGUGAAACGUCAUGAUCAGCUACAAAAUAAGACGCCCUUGGAUUCUGUCAAUCUGGAGCUGUUGGAAACUAGGCUAGAGCAACUGGCGACAAUGUCCAUGUCCAAGUUUUACGCCUAUCAAUACAAUCUCCUUCCAUACUGCUGGCGUCAAAUAUACUCGGAUACGUUGAUUCUCACGGCCUAUUUCCAUCUGCUCCAAUCCGUAUCGGAUACAAGGCAGAUAUCGGAGUCCGCCAUGGACAAGGUGGUUGAGAUGCUUGACAGGAGCCUGAUUGUCGCCGGGGGCGCUGGCAAGCUGCUUGGUGCAAGAUGGAUAGAACAGGCCCUUGCACAAUUAGAGUCAUUCUGGGCUGCAAGCGACGAGUCUAACAGCGAUGACCGUCCAAAGAAACGACUACGACCAACGUCGUCCUUCACAACAGAGCCCGUUUGGCAACCAACGUUAUCAAAGGAUUGCCCUCGACAUACCAAAUGGAGCAUUAACAAGUUCGAAACGUACAUGAACGACAAGACUACUAAUCCUCGGCCGGUUGUCUUCACCGACCUCGUCAAGGAUACAUGGCCAGCGCUCAACGACCGACCCUGGGCUAAUCUUGACUACCUCCUAUCCAAAACCUUUGGCGGCCGCCGGCUAGUUCCUGUCGAAGUCGGUCGCAGCUACGUUGAUACAGACUGGGGUCAAGAACUGAUCCCAUUCAAAGCGUUUGUUAACCGCUACCUGGACGGCAAGCAAGCACAGGUGGGAUAUCUAGCGCAGCAUGAUUUAUUCCAUCAAAUCCCGUCGCUACGAAACGACACGGCCAUCCCGGACCAAUGCUGGGCUGAUGUACCUGGCCAUCCUGUUGAUCCGUCCAAGAACAAAGAGCAUGUAGAUGUGCCUCAACUUAACGCCUGGUUUGGCCCGGCUGGGACGAUUACACCGCUCCACACUGAUGCCUACCAUAACCUGCUUGUGCAAGUGGUAGGUACGAAAUACGUCCGCCUGUAUCCUCCGUGGGAAGGUAUUGCCAUGCGGCCGCGUAGCAAGGAGAACGGUGUAGACAUGAGUAAUACGAGCGCGUUAGAUGUUGGCGUGCUCGAAGGUUGGGAUGCCGUGCCCGAGGGUUCAAGCACAGAAGAAAUUGAUGAGACACGCAAGGCACUUAAAGAUGUUGAAUACUGGGAGUGUAUUCUCAGAGAAGGUGAUACGUUAUUGAUACCCAUGGGAUGGUGGCAUUAUGUCCGGAGCUUAACAGUAAGCUUUAGCGUUAGCUUCUGGUGGAAUUGA